AUGGCACUUACUAAAGAUUCAAUUGAUAAGAUGUUGGUCAAAGACUUGCAAAAAGAGUUGACUACAUUGGGAUUAGAUACAUCGGGCAAGAAGGCAGACUUGCAAGCUAGAUUAAUCGAAUAUAUAGAAAAGCAUGGUAGCAACGGAACACAUCAUUCAGGUGACAAUAAUAAUAACAACAACAAUAAUGCUACAGCUCAAUCAGAUGCUUCAACUAUAGACAACAACAACACAGGUGUAUCGGGUAGUCCAACAACAACAACAACAACUGCUACUGCUACAUCAUCAUCACCUAUAGCAUCAUCUGGUUCAUUGGUAGAUAUAACAAAAAUGACACACCAAGAAAGAGCUCUAUAUCGCGCCAACAAAUUUAAAACCUCACCUACUCUAUCAUCAAAUAAUGACAAUGGUAAUCAUCAUACUACUACUACAACAUCACCAAAGACAACAUCUUCAGUUGCUACUCCAUCAACCAACGGUAGUGGUUUAAGUGAAGCUGAAAAGGUAGCUGCAAGAAGAGAAAAGUUUAAGACUGCUGGAUCAUCAUCAUCAUCCAGUGGUAGCGAGACAACAACCACAACCUCUCCAGCCAAAGUACCAAUUAAAAAGAUAAAUCCAAAGGAUGCACUUAAAUUGAGUACACCAGAAGAGAUUUUAAAGAGAAAGCAAAAGUUUGGUGCAACCAAUCCAUUGGCUGGAUCCGAAGAACAAUUAAAUAAGAGACUACAGAAAUUCGCAACAACUACACCAUCAGCUUCAUCCUAA